AUGAUCCGACUGAAGACUACAACAGCGAGUCUUCGAGACAACCAAGAAAUUAAUUACAGAAAACAGAUUCCAGACACAGAUAUGUCUCCGGGUAACGAAUACGCCUCUUCUGUUAGACCACUUCCGUUUAGCUCUAUGCCAGGACCUAGAGGCCUGAGAAAACUGCCUUAUAUUGGCACCGCACUUUUGUUUAAACCUUUCAGCAGGUUCACCCCAGAGACAUUUGGAGAAAUGGUUAGUUACAUGCAUGACAAGUAUGGGUGUAUCUUCAAAUCUAGACUGGGGAAGGACUAUUCCGUAUACACAGAUAACCUGAGGGAUAUAGAAACUAUUUUCAGGACAGAAGAUACCUACCCACUGCGCCGACUGAUGACUUUAAGCAGAGUCUUUAGAGAAAGAAACGGCCUGCCUCACGCUCUUGGCACGGUAUCUGGACCUGAAUGGUACGAGCUAAGAAGCCCUCUCAAUCCCUUGCUGAACCGACCUCAAGUAUGUCUGCAUUAUCUGCCUGCCCAGAACCAAGUAGCUGAUGAUUUUGUGAGUCGUCUUCAAACAAAUGUCUUCAGUCCUGAACAACUGUCAGAGGAGUUUUUCAAAUUCGCAGCUGAAAGUAUUGGCAUCGUUUGCUAUAACCGUAGGUUGGGUUUUCUAGAGCCUGUUCUUUCAGCAGAAAGGGUACAGUUAUUGGAGUCUUUUAAAAUAGCACUUCACUGUACAUUUAUAGCAAUGAUGGGACUUGAACGACGUUACCUGAAAACUGCAGAUGAUGCAUUUUAUCGUCAGUACGAAGAUGCCAUGAAAUUUAUUAGAAAUCAGUCAAUGCUUUAUGUCGAAAAGGUUAAAGAAGAGCUCAAAGUCCGGCCUUUUGGAAAUGAUAAAAAUGACACUAACGCUGGUAACAAAGCACGUGUGGAAUCUAACCUGCUUGCUUCAAUGAUUGUGAAUAGUCAGUUAGACAUAGAAAAAAUACUAGCUAUAAUCGACUCCAUGCUGAUUGCCGGCACCGAUUCAACAGCCCGGAAUCUGGCAAUCCUGUUUUAUAACCUAGCACAGAAUCCUGAUGUACAAGACAUCGCUGCCAAAGAAGUCACAAGUCUCAUCGGUACUCAGCACUCGGUAACACCCGCCACUUUGGCGAAGAUGAACUACGUAAAAUCUUGCGUGAAAGAGUCGAUGAGAUUAAACUUCCCCUUGUCCAAUGGUACCGAGAGAACCUUAACCAGUGACACGGUACUUAGUGGUUAUCUGGUGCCAAAGGGCACUAGCGUGAUUAUGUCCAGCAGGAGAAUGUCCCUGGAUCCCGCGAACUUUCCUCAUCCUCUCCAAUUUAAACCGGAACGGUGGAUGAGGGACGGCACACUAGGACCUGACGAAACGGGAAAUUCUAAGAAAGGAAGCGCUUUUGCCUGUUUGCCUUUCGGCCACGGAGCGCGAGGGUGCAUUGGACGAAGAUUUGCAGAGCUGGAGAUGUAUGUGGCUGCAGCUAAAGUCUUACAAAAGUUGCAGAUCCGUGUCGAUCACUCCUACUCAGGGCUAGACUCUAUCUACACACCUUUCAUUACACCUAAGAAGCCUAUACCAUUUAUUUUCACAGAAAGAACGUAA